AUGGUGGUCUCGAUGAUCGGAAAUGCAUCCAUUCCACAAUCAGACGUAGAUCGUGCGAAUUUUGGAAGUCUUAUGAGCGCCUACCUCACAAACACCCCGGUGAUCACAAAUGCAACAGGACAAUAUGCUUAUCCGGAUCAAAUCAAUUCAGUGUCAUGGCUUACCUCUUCUGUACAAUCGUUGACUUUGAACGCUGCGAUCGGAGAUGCUCCAAGUGGACCGCCGCAACUCAUCACCGGUCUUGAUUUUGGUUCUCCUUCAUUCAACUUUACUCCAGAAGCCAUCACACUUUCUUCAAAUAAUACAGUUGCCGAUUAUCGUUUACCGUUUCACAUUAGCACAAACAUUCAACAGAUUUCUCAAAACGCAACCCUUUACGAUGUUGCUAGUGUUAUUCCACUUGCUACCUUUAACACCACUCAAUUUCCUACAAAAGAUGAUUUAAAUGGAAAAUUAACUAUGAAUAUUCCACCAACUCCGUUGAAUGUGUACCCGGGCUCAGAAAUCGAAUUUGGAUUCUUCGUUGCAAAAAUGUUGGUCUCAUCCGUUGUGGAUUUUAACGUUACUGGUUCGAGCAAUGUAUUAGCCAACACCAUUAUUGGAUCACUUCCCAUAUCAAACCUUCCGUUUACGUUGAAUGUAAGUUUACCAGGAUUCUCAAACUUCAGCACCUCCCCACCAAAAGUUAAUUCCGUAACAGUUGCCGAUGGCACCCCGGAUGCACUGAUAAUAAUAAUUGACGCAACCCUUGAAAAUCCUUCCAACACCUCUAUCUCGACCGGUGAAACAAGUUUCGAGGUCCAUUUUGGUGAUUCAGUAAUUGGACAUGCAACUGUGUUCUUAUCUCUUGCUCCUGGGUUAAACGAUUUGAAACUUAACUCCACCUUGGAUCCUGCAAACAAUCCGGACGCUAAAGUACUUUUGAAUAAUUUCUUGGGGGGGCAAACUUCCAACGUAACGCUUGAAGGCUAUGAGAAUUCUACAGAAGUUCCAUCAUUAAAGCUCGCAUUGUCCAAUUUAAAACUAGAAGCUUCGAUUCCACCUCAACCAGUUAAACUGAUAACCGACAGUACCUUGAAGGUUCUAGGUGCCUCCGACACCGGUGUAAAUGCUGCCGCGUCAGUUACAAUGUUCAAUCCUUUUGCGGCCACUUUAAAUAUUCUCAACAUUGAUGCAAAUAUCACCGUCGACGGAAACAUACUUGCGGGAAUUCUAGUUGACAGAACAGACAAUCCGAUAGUGCUCGUCGGAAACAAAACUACCGAAGUUCAGGACCUGCCGAUAAAUUUGAAUUUCGACAAAGUUGUUAUGUUUGGUCUUCUACGUAAACAAGCUCAAUUGGUUGGCUUGGACACUAGUGUUAUUGAUGCGUUAAUUACUAUCGGAAAAAUUCCUGUUCCUGGUGUGCCACCAACUACCACCAUCGACCCGGCAAAGAUCAAAAACUUUGAUAUUAAAUCAUACGUGCAGACCGCCCUUGCAAAAAUUACCACUAAUAUGACACUCUU